GCGCUGUGGUCCGUGUCGCUGUAUGGACAAGUAGAGAGGUCGACAAGCAAGGACAACGAUGACUCCUUCAUUCUACAUUCGAGUACCGGCAUUAAACGACACUAAUUAUUAACAUCUGUCGUUGAUGGGCUUUUCCCAAGUGACUGGAAUUCGGACCUGCACCUCCAUGCCUGAUGCCAGCUGAAGCAUGAUGCAUCCGGAUCAGACCGCGACAAGCUUCACCCUUUGGAGACGACUGGCAGAUUGUGGCCCCCGGGGCCCGAUCUGGACUUCCAGGCCUCCUGGCCUCGGCUCCCUGCUCCCCAGGGUCCAUGCGGCUGACGUGGCUUCUGGCCAGCCCGCACCCUCCUGUCCCUCCUCCUCCUGUGCUGCUCCCGUGCACGCCCUCGCGGCCGACACCGUGCCAAACGAAAGCGGCUGGGACCGCGUGAAGGAUCUGUUUCAGAGAGAUGCGAGCCGCGGCUACUCGGACGAGGUCACCAAUGUGCUAAAAAGCGCAUUUGUUGCCGCCAUCGCUGGCUUCAUCUAUGGAGGCCUGCCGGCGGCUCGCCACGCCAAGCAGAGGUACAUCCAAAUGAGCCAGGCGGAACUCUACAAUAGUCGUGUAGAAGCCGUGCGUUCUGCACACAACGCGGCCGUCCGCGGCUUUGUCCGGUAUGGAAGCCGAUGGAGCUGGAGAGUGGCUGCAUUUGUCACCCUGUUCAAUUCCAUCAGUACGGGCCUGUGUGUUUACCGGGACAAAUACAGCCUGAGCAGCUUUGCUGUGGCUGGAGCGGUGACUGGAGGUGUCUUCAGGCUGACCCUGGGCGUACGAGGACUGGUGGCAGGCGGCAUCAUGGGAGCGGUGUUGGGGAUUCCGACAGGCGCGCUGAUCCUCGGCAUGAACGCGCUGACGGGAGAAAGCGUGCAGGAACGGAGGUGGCGAGAGCGCCAGGAGAUUCAUCGACUGGGGGCUGAAGAGUGGACGGCUCGACUUCACCUGACGGACGAGCUGAUCGGCGAUCUAAACGCGAGCUCGGGGACGGAGAGCGAAAAGGACGCAGAAAGGAUCCGGGAGCUGCUGGGCUCCGGGCAGGAUGAGGAUAGAGGUCAGGACUCCAGGCAGGAUGAGGAUAGAGGUCAGGACUCCAGCAGCCAGUGACGGUGGUUGUCAUUGGCUGCUGGCCACUGAACACUUUUGGAUCUGCACAAUCUCUCUGCUACUUCCUGGGAAUAUCGUACAUAUUCCAAGCCAAUAAAUGUUGUAGAAAUAUU